UUCCACGCACAACAUUGUUUUCCGGUGGUAGAAAGAUUUUUGCCAACCUUUUCAAGAACAGCAGAAGCGAUGACGAAAUUUGUGCUAGCCAGACGAUGUCUGGUGGAUGUGGCUACCGGCACCUUUGGGAAACCAUCGCCUUUGAUGGCCUCGCAGUUAAAGUGUGCUACGUGGAUUAGGCAGUACCGCUCGUGGCCCGCAAUCCAGAGCAGCGCCGUCGCUCCAGUCAGCAAUGGCCAUUCUUACUCCACACAAGCCGAUAACCGCAAAGCAGCUGUGAGGGACUUCGACGACGGUGAUCGACCUCCGUCUGAUCCGGAAGCGGUGCAUGCAGAUCUUCUGAGGCGGCUAACGAAGCUGUACGACCAGGAGGUGGCCCGGAAUCUGAUCGUACCCCCGUUCAAGCGGGCGCUUUUGUACGGCCAUAAAUCAGCGGUUCGCGAUCAAUUGGGUGAUUUCAGUUUCAUUCAGCUCUACGAAGCCGUCAAACGUCUCGCGAUGCAAAUAUCGCACCAUUGCGGUAGUGCAUCCCAGUCCCGAGUGGCGUUCCUGUGUCCGAACAAUGCAACGUACGUCAUCGCCCAGUGGGCCUGCUGGUUUUCGGGACAAAUAGCUGUUCCGUUGAACGCAAAAUAUCCAGCGGACCUGUUGGAGUAUUAUAUUAAAGAUUCCGAGGCGUCCCUACUGAUCAGUACGCAGGAGUUUCUAGCGCAGGCCGAACCACUGGCCGUAAAGCUUCAAAUACCGCUACUUCUGGCAAGCCACGAGUUACUCAAUGCGGCGACGCCUUCGACCAGCGGUCAACCGGAAGCGCCAACCGAUCGUACAGAGGACAUCGUGUCGUAUCUUGAUCCACGGCGUGAAAAUUUACUGCAGCUCAAUGGUACGCUCCUGUUGGAAAGCGCUCUCAACGGAGAGUUUUACCGCGAUGCGAACGCGUUGAUUCUGUACACGUCCGGAACUACCGGCAAACCGAAAGGUGUCGUCCUGAGCUACGCCAAUCUUGACGCUCAGCUUGGCGCCCUCACCAAUGCGUGGCAGGUAACGGCCGGCGACUCGGUGCUCCACGCACUUCCACUGAACCACGUCCACGGAACGAUCAACGCGCUCAACCUGCCACUGUCGGCCGGCGCCAAGUGUGUGAUGCUCCCAAAGUUUGACAGCAGCAGCGUGUGGAGCUACUUGCUUAACGUCAACAUGACCACCAAGGAGCGAGUGAAUGUGUUUAUGGGCGUUCCGACGAUGUACGGACUGCUGAUCCGCGAGUACGAAAGUGUGUUCAGUCGCAACGCCAGAAUGUGCGAUUACGUGAAAACACACUGCAAGAACAAGAUCCGCCUGAUGAUAUCCGGCUCGGCGCCACUGCCGGGCACCAUAUUUGAGCGUUGGAACGAAAUCACGGGUCACCGGUUGCUGGAACGGUAUGGGAUGACGGAGACAGGCAUGUCCAUUUCCAAUCCGUACGUGCAAGACACCGGAAUGCGCCGACGUCGGCAAGGAUGCGUCGGAAUGCCACUACCGGGUGUAAGCGUACGGAUUGUGGAUCCAGAGAGUGGCCAUAAGCUAACGCUGGAGGGUACGCCAAAUGAAGGCCUGUGGGAGGGUGGGAAAGACAGCGGAACGGCGGCUGGUGCACAGCACGCGAAUCCGACAGAAUCGAUUACGGGCCAGCUGUACGUCAAGGGACGCUCAGUGUUUAAGGAGUACUGGAAGAAACCACAGGAAACGGCCAGCGAGUUUGAUGCCGAGGGUUGGUUCCGAACCGGUGACACGGCACAGUACGAAGACGGAACGAUACGCAUUUUGGGCCGCACGUCGGUCGAUAUUAUCAAAUCUGGCGGCUUCAAGCUGUCGGCGCUCGAAAUCGAAACGGCUCUGCACGAGCAUCCCGAUACGGGCGAUGUUGCUGUGCUGGGCCUUCCGGACGAUACCUGGGGACAGCGGGUGGUUGCUGUGAUUAGCCUGCGGGACCAGGUGGCUCGCGAGACGUUCAGCAUUCCGAAGCUGCUGGUGUGGCUGGAGCAGAAGCUGCCAAAACAGGCCCUCCCGAAGGAGGUUCACGUCGUGGAAACGGUUCCACGCAACGCGAUGGGCAAGAUCAACAAGAAGCAACUGGCAUUGGAGCUGUUUGGCGACAGUGAAACAACUGGCAGUGGCGGUGGCGGUGGCGGUGGCAGUGGCAGUGGUUUACCAUAAGUGUCCCUAACGCCGUUCACACACACACACAGAAUCGUAUUUAUGCGUCCUAAUAAAAAUGACAUCCAUAAUUGUAGAGCACAGAAACGAAGCCGGCUGCCAGAAGCUCGCUAGUCACACUUUACACCAGCGGGGUGGCGAAUAUUGCUCUAUUUGUUUAAACUAAGAUAGCUUAAAGAAAACCGAACGUUUGUUAUGAAUGCCUGCUCCAAUCCGAGACAGGAAACACUGGCACAAUAACGUUAAAAAAGGGAUUGUGGAUUAUUU